AUGGAGGAGGAAUCUGAUAUUGAGGAUCGCGUCGCGUUUGAGCAAGAUGAGGAUCUUGAUGAAUAUGACUCCGAUGAGUCUAGCUCAGAUGAUGCCAAUGGUUUUCUAGACAUGGAAGCUAUUGAAUCCGAUGGUGAAUCAGAUAAUUCUGAUGAUACAUCCUCAACCAAGGAACAAUUCUUUUUUCCCCAGUUCACAUCACUACCCCCUGAACUACGCGCUCGCAUCUGGGAGUUCUUCGACCCGGAUCUUAGAACUAAAGCGCGAGUAUUUCAAAUGAUUAUCAGGACGAACCCAAUUGAGUUCUGGAGAAGCGCAACUCUAAUAGAGCAGACUGCGCCGGCGAGAGCAAUGUUAGCUACACAUCAGGAGAGUCGUGCGCUGGCAUUGAAAUUUUAUCCUGAUACUCUUGAUCUGCAUCGAGGAAGCGGCGUUAUUCGUUACAACAGUGAAAGAGAUAUUGUACUCCUCUCUCUUAGCUCUCUCCUCGGCCCCAAUGACAUAGAAGAGUUCUUUUCAUCUCUCGGAAAUAUCAAAUACAUUGCCUUUAGCUACCUUCGCGCAGCAAAUGAGGAGAUUCUCUAUUCGAGGCUGGCGACUCAUCCGACGGUGAAAGAAAUAUUCUACUGCUAUGAUUGUUACGAGUAUUCUUCCCGCGAUUUAAUGUGGUGUAUAUCUGAUUCAGUCCAGCGCUUCUACACCCAGCAGACAGAAUAUGAUCCAGUGUUGGGUCCACGACCUCUGAGAUCUAUGUUUUGCUGGCCGGACCUUGAGAACCAUCGAAAGUUCGCCGAAGAGCAUGCCCAAACUACGGUUGGACAUCUGAAACCCUUGAAAAUUUGGUCUAUGAUAGAAUUCGGAUAUGACGAGGGGGUCCUCCGCUACGAAAAACUCGAGGCGAUGAGCGAGCAGCCCGAAGGAUGGUCCUCUGAUACGGAAAAUGAGUUUUUAUCUGAUCUUUUAAUUGAGGAUGAGUACGAAAGCGAGGGGAUAGAUGAUGCAACAAUCGACAGCGAUGACGGUUCAAAUGAGGAUGACGAUUUAGUCUUACAAUCUAGCUCCGACGAAGAUAAUUUAUCUACCUUUAACGGAUUUUCUCCUAUUCAGGAUGAGAACUCUGAACUUCAUUUGGACGGCGAAAUAGAAGUCGGCAAUUUCUCUAGCCUUGAGCCCGAGUCUCCCAAUCAUUAUGAUAAUGAUUCAGAGCAGGAUGGUUCUGACGAGGAGCCCGUUCAGAAGACCAUUCGACGUAAACGUCGCAUUGUGUCUUCGGACGAUGAAGAUGAUUCUAAUGAUGAGCGCGAAGAAGUUAAAAUGCCGUCGCGACCUGCUAAGCGAAGCCGCGUUGUCCUUUCCGACACCGAAGACGAGGACGAUGAGGAUGGAGGCGAAGAUACGAAUCAAGGCCGCGAUAUUGUAUACAAAUCGGAGGAGCCUUCUGAGCCCGAGGAUGAGGACGAGGAACCUGUGAAGCCGAAGUCGAUGUCUUUGUUUGAGAAAUUGAGGCAGUAUCGCCAAGAAAACCCUAUCCCUCCGGACUCAGAUGCCAGCUCGGAUAUUGAAGCAUCGAUAGGCAGUGAAGGUUUAGAUGCAGGCAACAAUAUCAACUUCAUAGACGAUGAGAUAGAAGAUGAAGAUGAGUUAUUGGAGAACGGUGGAAUAGUGGCGAAUAUGUCUGAAGAGCAUUCCGAGGGCGAUGAAGAUGAUGAAGAUGGAUGGUGA